UGAGUGAAGUGACAAGGCAGCGGGAGCCUGGAGACCAUGGACGGCACCAUGGGGCUGCGGGUGCUGCUGUGCAUGUACGUGGCACCCCUCCUGGCCCUGCAGGCUGUGCCCGCUCAGGGUUCACCCACAGGCAGGCCCAAAGGCAGCGAGAAGCGACAGGCUGUAGACCCAACCGUCAACGGCGUGAUCAUCCGGAGUUUGAAAGUCAACUGCAAAGUCACCUCUCGCUUUGCCCACUAUGUCAUCACCAGCCAAGUGGUCAACAGCGCUGACGAAGCCAAGGAAGUGGGCUUCGAUGUGGAGAUCCCCAACACGGCCUUCAUCAGUGACUUUGCCAUCACAGCAGAUGGACACACAUUUGUCGGGGACAUAAAGGACAAAGUGACUGCGUGGAAGCAAUACCGGAAAGCAGCUAUCUCAGGAGAGAAUGCCGGCCUUGUCAGGGCCUCAGGGAGAACAAUGGAGCAAUUCGCCAUCCACAUCACCGUUGGUCCCCGGAGCAAGGCCACGUUCCAGCUGACCUACGAGGAGGUGCUGAAGCGAAAACUUAUGCAGUACGACAUUGUCAUCAAAGUCAAGCCCAGGCAGCUGGUGCAUCAUUUUGAGAUCGACGUGGACAUCUUUGAGCCCCAGGGGAUCAGCAAGCUGGAUGCCCAGGCCUCCUUCCUCCCCAAAGAACUGGCGACCCAACUCGUCAAGAAGUCCUUCUCAGGGAAAAAGGGUCAUGUGCUUUUCCACCCCACUGUGGGCCAGCAGCAAUCCUGCCCCACAUGCUCCACAUCCUUGCUGAAUGGGGACUUCAAGGUGACCUACGAUGUUAAUCGAGACACGCUCUGCGAACUCCUGGUCGCCAAUAACCACUUUGCCCACUUCUUUGCCCCCCAAAACCUGACAAACCUGAACAAGAGCCUGGUUUUUGUGAUUGACAUCAGCUCCUCCAUGCAAGGCCAGAAAGUGAAGCAGACCAAGGAGGCGCUCCUUAAAAUCCUGGAGGACAUUCGGCCAGGGGACUAUUUCGACCUGGUCCUCUUUGGGUCUGAAGUGCAGUCAUGGAGGGGCUCACUGGUGCAGGCAUCUGCAGCCAAUCUGCAAGCAGCUCAGGACUUCGUGCGGCACUUCAACCUGGCUGGCUCUACAAACCUGAAUGGAGGUUUGCUCCAGGGAAUUGAGAUCUUGAACAAAGCUCAGGGAAGCCUCCCGGAAGUCAGCAACCAUGCCCCAAUUCUCAUCAUGUUGACAGACGGCGAGCCCACAGAGGGGGUGACGGACCGGUCUCAAAUCCUCAAGAAUGUCCGCAAUGCCAUCGGGGGCAAGUUCCCACUCUACAACUUGGGCUUCGGCCGGGAUGUGGACUUCAACUUCCUGGAGGUCAUGUCCAUGGAGAACAAUGGACGAGCCGAGAGAAUCUACGAGGACCAUGAUGCUGCCCAGCAGCUGCAGGGUUUCUACGACCAGGUAGCCACCCCCUUGCUGGUGGAUGUGGAGUUGCAAUAUCCCCAGAACGCUGUCUCAGCCCUGACCCAGCACCGCCAUAAACAGUACUACGAAGGCUCGGAGAUCGUGGUGGCUGGGCGCAUUGCUGACCGUAAACUGAGCAGCUUCAAGGCUGACAUACAGGCCCGUGGGGAGGGCCGAGAAUUCAAGACAACCUGCCUGGUGGAUGAGGGAGAGAUGAAGAAACUGCUCCAAGAGCGGGGCCACAUGCUGGAGAACCAUGUCGAACGCCUCUGGGCCUACCUCACCAUCCAGGAGCUGCUGGCCAAGCGGAUGAAGUUAGAGGGGAAGGAGAAGGCCAACCUGUCGGCCAAGGCCCUGCAGAUGUCGCUGGCCUAUCAGUUCGUGACCCCGCUGACCUCCAUGACCAUCAGGGGCAUGGAAGACCAGGACGGCUUGAAGCCCAUCAUUGACAAGCCCCCGGAGGAUUCUCUGCCCUUGGAGAUGCAGGGACACAGAAAAACGUUCGUGCUGUCCGCCUUGCAGCCUUCUCCAACUCACCCCAGCUCCAAUGUCCAGCAGUUGCCAAGCCGAGUGACUGGCGUGGACACUGACCCACACUUCAUCAUCCACGUGCCCCAGAAAGAGGACAGCCUGUGCUUCAAUAUCAACGAGGAACCUGGUGUGGUCCUGAGCCUGGUGCAGGACCCCGACACAGGCUUCUCAGUGAAUGGGCAACUCAUUGGCAACAGGGCCGGGAGCCCUGGGCAGCAUGAGAUCACAUACUUCGGGCGGCUGGGGAUCGCAAACCCUGCAACGGGCUUUCAGCUGGAAGUGACUCCUCAGAACAUUACGCUGAACCCUGGCUCUGGCGGGCCCAUGUUCUCCUGGAGGGACCAGGCUUUGCUGCGGCAGGACGAGGUGGUGGUGACCAUCAACAGGAAGAGGAACCUGGUAGUAUCCGUGGAGGAUGGGGGCACAUUUGAGGUCGUUCUGCACCAAGUGUGGAAGGAGAGUCACCAGGACUUCCUGGGCUUCUACGUGCUGGAUAGUCACCAGAUGUCAACGAGGACGCACGGGCUGCUGGGACAAUUCUUCCACCCCUUUGAUUAUAAAGUGUCCGACCUCCACCCAGGCUCCGACCCCACAAAGACAGAUGCCACAAUGGUGGUGAAGAACCACCAGCUGACGGUCACCAGGGGCUUGCAAAAAGACUACAGCAAGGACCCCCGGCAUGGGGCGGAGGUGACCUGCUGGUUCGUCCACAACAACGGAGCCGGGCUGAUUGACGGCGUUCACACUGACUAUAUCGUCCCUGACAUCUUCUGAACCCCCUUGCCAGCACACCUGUCCUCCCUUGGGACCACGGCAGAGGAAGAGGACAGCAUCCUGACUUUCUGCCCAGGCCACAUCUCCCUGUCCAAGAUGGUUCCCUGGGUCAAAGCACACCCACGCUUCCAUUAAAGAGACACUAUGUC